AGGAGGGAAGCAGCUCAUCUCUGUAGUUGCGAGAGAGCGCCUGACUGGUGACCAUAGCGUACUGGGAAUUGUAACCAUGUCGAGGGAAUGUUACCAGUGAUCAUGUGCCUUAUUGGCACCGAGUCGGUGCCGUCUGAACAGUGAAGGUUUGUGGAGGGGAAAGAGAGAGAAAGAAGAGGAGGAGGAGGAGGAGGGGUAGACAGCCUGGCAGACAGGUGCGACUCCACUGCCUGUUUCAGAUCCUCUCGCUCCUUUUUUCCAGACAUGGAUACCCGCAAGGAAAACAAGGUAAGGAAAGCCAUGAAACCCAAAACGGCGAAGCGGAAAGGGAAGAAACACAAAACGGGGAGGUUCAUCAGGAGGAAAUCGCUGCGAUCUUUUGGGAAUUUCAUGGGAAGGAUCCUGAAAACUUUGGGCACUUUGGCUCACUUUGGCGACGCGGAGCCGCCGGACCCGGAGGACGACGACGGCGGCUUCGGGCGCAGCGCGUCGGACUGCCCGCAGGUGUACCGGGGGGAGGGCGCCGCGGUGAAGAAGAGCUCCACGGUGUCCUCCUCCCACGGCUCGGUGAAGGACAGGCUGUCGUGGUGCUACGGCGACAAGACCCCCGGGGUGCUGGGGCUCAAGAACCACGGGAACACCUGCUUCAUGAACGCCGUGGUCCAGUGCCUCAGCAACACGGACCUGCUGGCGGAGUACCUCGGGCUGGAGCAGUACAAGUCGGAUAUAGUGAGCCAGCAGCACGGCAGCAGGAGGCUGAACGGGGGGGGGGAGGCUGUGAGGGGCGACGAGCGGCAGGCGAACCGGGGAGAGGUGACCGAGCAGCUGGCGUCGCUGGUUCGAGCGCUGUGGACGCUGGAGUACAUCCCGCAGCUGUCUGUGGAGUUCAAGAGCAUCGUGGCCAAGUACGCCUCUCAGUUUCGGGGAAACUCUCAGCACGAUGCCCUCGAGUUCCUCCUCUGGCUUUUGGACAGAGUUCAUGAAGAUGCUAAUUCCAGCCUCAACAACAACGUUAGCAGCAGCAGCAGCAAGACCAAAGCCAACGCCAAGGGGCCCAGUUCACUGGAGGAGCCUUCCAGUCCCAGUUCAGCCAGCACACAGCAGCCUCGGAGUCGACACAGUUUUGUUCAGGAGCACUUUCAGGCUCAGUACAGGUCCUCUCUGACGUGCCCACAUUGCCUUAAGCAGAGCAACACCUUCGACCCGUUUUCCUGCAUCUCUCUGCCCAUCCCCCUACGACAAACGAGACCGAUGUAUGUGACGCUGGUUUUCAGUACAAAGGGUCAGAGGUACCUGCGGGUGGGACUGGCUGUCCCUCUCUUUGGCUCCAUGUCCAGCCUCAGAUCCAUGGUGGCAGAGGAGGGCAACAUCUCCCCAGACCAGGUCAUCCUCUCCGAGCUCUUCUCCACGGGUUUCCAGCGCUCCUUCUCAGACGACGAUGACCUGACAGCCAUCGCUGACAGUGAUGUCGUCUACGCCUUUCAGGCUCCGCCCCUCCACAGUCGUGGAGGCUCCUCGACAUCAUCAGGGUAUCACCACAGCCUCCCCUCCUCCCCCUACACCUCCCCGGCCGGACCCGACGGUCAGAGGCUGCUCACGUCUGGCACGCUCUCCUCUGAAUACCUGAACCAGGGCGGCUCCUCCAAGGUCCUCUUCCUCAUCUGCAACACAGCUGGAUCUGGCCAGCAGGCUGUCAGGUUUGGACCUCCGUUUCUCAUGCGGGAGGACAGGAGUAUCUCCUGGGACCAGCUGCAGCAGAGCAUCCUCAGCAAGCUCUAUUAUCUGAUGCUGAAUGGAUCUCAGGCUCAGAACGCCGGGGUGCUGUUCAGGAUCAGAGUGGUGGGGGGAUCAGCAGCGUACAGCUACCUCUCUCCCCAGGACAGCCGGCCCCUGUACCAUCCAGCGGUCGACAGAGCGCUGAAGUUCUGCGGCCCUGGAGGACCCCCGCAUGUGAAGCUCGUCCUCGAAUGGGAGCCCAAGACUAAAGAAUGUCUGUUUGGCAGCAUCCAGGAGGAGGUGGUGAAGGAUGCAGAGAGCGUGAGGAACCAGCAGCAGCAGCACCUGCAGCAGCACAGCUGUACACUGGACGAAUGCUUCCAGCUGUAUACCAAAGAAGAACAGCUCGCCCCAGAUGAUGCCUGGAAGUGUCCGCACUGUAAGCAGCUGCAGCAGGGCAUGGUGAAGAUGAGCCUGUGGACGCUGCCCGACAUCCUCAUCCUCCACCUCAAGCGCUUCCGGCAGGUCGGCGAGCGGAGGAACAAGCUGUCCACCCUGGUGCGUUUCCCCCUCACUGGUUUGGACAUGGCGCCCAACGUGGUGAAGCGGAGUCAGAGUCUGAGGAAUGUGAACUCGGGAGCCUGGCCGCCUUCCUGGAAGCAACACCAGCAGCCAGCAGACAUGACCCUCCCCCACGACUACCUGUACGACCUGUACGCUGUGUGCAACCAUCACGGAGGGAUGCAUGGAGGGCAUUACACCGCUUACUGUCGGAACUCAGUGGACGGAGUGUGGUACAGCUACGACGACAGCAGCGUGGACUUGGUGCCCGAGGAGGAAGUGUGCACCAGAGGAGCCUACAUCCUCUUCUACCAGAGGCGUAACACCAUUCCUCCGUGGUCAGCCAGCUGCUCCGUCAGAGGAUCCACAAGUUCUUCAAUGUCAGACCACUGGCUAAUCCGGCUCACGGGGGACAGCAAAAGAGGCAGUCUGGUCUCUCGUUCCUCGACCACAUGCCCAUCUUCCUUACCUGACUCGCCUGAGUCUCCGGUCUUCCUUGACGAUGGUGCAAAAGAGGAAAAAGGGGGUUUUGAGACCAGACCAUUUGUCAGAGGUCUUCAGGGACGCAGCGUCAGUAUGAGAGCCCCCAGCAAAACCAAGGACACCCUGAGCAAAAUGCUUCCCCUGCGCUGGUCCUUCGGUUCAAAAGACAAACGGAAACCCAACCCAGUGCCUCUAACUGUCCAAGAUCCGGCGCCCGUGGAGCUGGUACAGUACUUGGAAUCUGGCCGACGGCCAAAGUGCACAAAGGAUCCAAUCACCACUUUGAUGGGUGAAUCACGCAGCAUGAAGGAAGCUGCUGAGAGCCGGGGCGCAACCAAUGCACGAUCUCCCAGUAUUGGGGGAAUGAGUUGUGUGGGUAAGGCCGACGAUGAGCUGCCCCCCGAGUCUCCUCAGGUCCCAGAGGGCCAAAGGAGAUCGUCCGAUAAGACGGCCAGUUUGAGACGCGCCAAAGGUAGCCAAUCGAGAGAUGACGGUGCCGCCAGUAUUAGCAGUAGCUUUAGCAGUAACACCCUCACCAGGAGAAAGGAUGCCUGGAAACAGAGUUCCUCCAAAGCCUCCCAGGACCCCGAGACCAAAAAGAGUUCUAGUGCUGGUGUUAAGCCCAGCUACAGCACCCCAAUCCUAAAUGAUGGGACCCUCAGAAGGCAAAAAGGUGACAAGGCUGACAGGGAACACCACGAUGCAUAUGAAGGGAACUCUAAGACCAAGAAAGGAGAAGGGCCCAAGAGUUUGCCCCAUGAGGGACUGCUGUCAUUCCUCAAAGGGAACUUCAUGAAGAAGGAUAGGGACUCGAGGAAGUCCAAGGAGGAAGAUUCACGAGUCGAAGAAGCAGGCCGGAGCAGAACCCUCCCUAGACCGCCUCUCUCCAACGGAGCAGCGGGGCGAGUAGCCGGGGUCGACGGAGGCAAGUCCAAUGGAGCCGGCCGUUUGGGCGACGAUCUGGCAAACGGGAAAUUGCACGCACGGACCUCGGCCGACAUCAAGCGCUCGCAGAGCUCCUCCAACAUCCCCAACAAAGCGGAGCAGAGCGUGCGCAGGACGGCGUCUCUGCACCGCAACGGGAUGUCGACGAACCCGGCGCCGUCGCGCAGCCUCACAACGGACAAACCGUCUUAUGGUACCCUGCAGAGGACUCGGUAUAGCACAACCUCGCUGGGACGCAAAAAGAAAGUCCCAGAGUCAAGCUUCUGACGCAAACUGAUCAAUUAAAUAUAUCCACACACACACACACACACACACACACACACACACAAAGCCUUUUAUCUGUCGUAAAGUGACUGACGUCCAAUCACAGAGAUCAAAGCAAUAGAGCGCCACUCACAAGUGGUAUGCCUUUCGAUGAUAUGAACCUUUUGCAUCAAGGAGAAAAUUAAGAGUCCUUUACUGCUGGAAUAUAGAGACCAGGAUGAUAUGUGACAUUCAUCAGAGAUAAAAAAGAUACAUUUUUAUUCUGUUUUUGUUUUUAAUGACAAGUGCCUGAGCAACGAAUAUGCAGUCUAGACCAAUGAGUUUGUUUGUCGAGCAGCGAAAGCGAGUAAUUCCAAAACCCCCUACAUGCACGUAUUUACAAGGUGUCUUAUUACUGUAGCGUGAGUGAUAGAUUUAUAACGGUUGUUUGCUUACAAUCAAGACCCAGUGAUUGUGUUUCAUUUAUAAGAAUGUAAGGUGUUGAUGUGAUUAACGGUGGGGCUUUGAAGGCGGUGGUUUUUGGGGGUGACCAUCCAUUUUUUGUCCAUCUUGAAUCAUUUGCUUUAUGUUCAUUGAGAGUACAGGGUGGUUUUUCAUAAAGCUAUGAUUUGUAUCCACCUGACCCUGACUGCAGUUGUUGUUUAUUGGGGUUUUAAAGGUAUAAUGGAAAUGUGUGGUUAUCUGCAGAAUCUUCUUCCUGUCUCUAAAACCUUGAUUGGCAAAAACAAGUGAAUCCCUACUGGGAACAGUGAGCUGACAGUGGCAGAGGCUAGACUUGUGGGGCUGGGGUGGCCUCCAGGCUAAAAUCCAUGGGGGACCCCUCCAACCAGCGUUGGUUGCAGAUGCUUACUCAUCUUCCUCUUUUUUGUUUUCACUCCCUGAUAGAAAAUUCCUCUUAAUUUUCCUUUGGUGACUUUUAUUGACAAACUUUGGUUUCCACAGAAAUAAUGCAUGGGACACGGUCAGAUGGGGCCCUCUUUGGGAGGUUUUCUACUGUCAUUGCAAAAUUUGCAACUGUUUUGGUUUAAAGUUGGUCGGCAAUCCUCCACAAAACAAGAGGUGCAAAUUUAUUUUCCUAACUCUAAGUUUAAAAAUGAUUGAAAAAAUGGAAAUACAAAAUACCUUGAAUAUAUUUCCUUCUUAUGAAUGCAUUCGCUGUGUGUGAUUAAAAAGUAUAAUUUCACAGGGACAAUUUGUUUCCAUUUAAAGGCAGACAGAUUACCCUUUCACCGCCCGAUGACGAGUCAUGACAGCAGUUUGCAUUAAGCAGCUCGAUGCUGCAUCCUCCACAUACACUGAAACGUAAUGGAUUUCUUCACUUUGUUAUCUGGGCAUGGAAAAUUUACGUCACAAUGUAAAACAAUUAACUUCCUGUUUGGGAACAAAGAGAUGAGUAAUUGUCCUUUUAAUUAUGACUCAAUUAAUGUACACUUAAAAGAAGGAAGUAUGUUUUGUGUUCAGUUUUGGAUUCUUUGAGAUUCACUAAUUUAAUUGGCUUCAUAAAUCUUACUUCCUCGCCAGCUUAAAGUUAGAAGUUAUGAAUGAAGGAUUGCUUUGCACUUUGUCAGAGCUCGGAGUACAACUGUAAAUGUUCACAUGGUGUCCUCAUGAAGUUAAUUUAUACUCAUACAAAUAUAUUGUGUGUGUUUGUCUUUUCUGUUUUUGUGCAUAUUUUCACCCUUUCAGCAUUUUUCCCAUUUUUCAACAUUCAAUCAAUCAUUUGUAACUCAGUUAUUGUAUGUCUGCAGUGGCUUCAGUCACUUCGUCAGCACAUAUCAAAGAUCUUCUCCCGCUGCCUAUCAUUCUGUCAGGUCAUGAUUUAUCCAAAAUGAAUAAAUACAGACAUUCAGGUUUGAUAAUAUUUUUAAAAAGUGCAGCAAGAAAACUCUGCAUGAAUAUAAAUUACCAAACACGAGGUCAAACAAAAAAAAAAGAAUUUUGUCCCACUCUAUUUCUUGAUGCCUCUUUUUGAUCAGACACAAUUUCAAAGUGUGAAGCAGCAUCACAGUCGCCCUUCAAAGAUUUCUUAUUAUUAUGAUUGAUUAUGAUGUUCAGUCUGCAAGGAUACAAAUCAAACAGAUGAAGACAACUGUGUGACAGACGCAGAUCAUCAGUAUGAAGGUCACUCAACAAGCCUGUGGCACAUGUUCUUUAUUUCAGAAGACAUUUAGGGAUCGAGACCGAGUCAAGACCAAGACAGAGGUAGGGCGAGACCGGGGGUUAAAAAUCAAGUAAUGAAUGAAUUGAAGUUAUUCGUUCUUUUAUAAAGAGGCGUUUUCCUCUUUAAUCAGAGUGAUGACGUUGAAAAACAGCCUUUCAGUGGUGGUCUUGACCGGUCCUGAUUUAAAAUCUGGAGUCCGCCCAGGCUGAGACCAAGACAAGAACGAGUAAAAAUGCUUUUGAUUCUGAGACGAGAUCUUCAAAAAGUGGUCUUUAGAACCGAUUUUUAGAACUACAACACUCCCGACAAGACGAGUUAAAAGCAUGUUGCAGAAACAGCCUGUUCUUAUAUUUUCCACUGAGUGAUUCAUUUAAAGGAAGCCUAUAAUGUGCAGCAUUUUAAAGAUCUCUCUCUCUCUGUCUCCCCCUCUCUCUCUCUCUAUCUCUCACUCUCUCUCCUUCUCUCUUUCUCUCACUCUCAAUCUCACUCUCUCUCUCUCUCCUUCUCUCUCCCUCUUUCUCUCUUUCUCUCACUCCCUUUCUCUCACUCUCUCUCUCUCUCACUCCAUUUCUCUCACUCUCUCUCUCACUCUUUCCCGCUCUCUCUCUCUGCUCCACCAUUGUAAUCAGAUGCCCUCCCUCUCUUUUGCCCUCAGCUUCAUUUGUAUCCCCCAGUGUAUAACCUUUGGAUUCUCUUAAUGAGGCGCCUGAGAUUUCCCUAAUCUCUGCACAGUUUUAAACGUUGUUGACAUCUGAUUUCUCUGUUCUCAUCAUGAGGCCUCGAGGUUUAGUAAUUAUUUUCUCUGCAGGCGUUAGUUCCAAGGUUCUCAUUCAUCAUAAAUCUGACAUUCAAGCUUUUAUUUAUUGUUUCAUUUUCUUAAUUAAAGCAUCCUCUUUAAUAAUCUAUUUCUUAAGGUCAUUAUAUUUCUGCACUUUAACCCCUCUUUUAAAAAAACAGAAGUAGAUCUGAUGACUCAGACACAGCCUCUUUAAUUAACUAGACUUUUUUUAACCAGUGACUAAGCAGUUAGAGUCGUGUUAUUUUUAAAGGGUUGCUCUUUUGUGCGACUCUCUUGACACAUUACUUCUUUCAUUACACUGAAAGAAAAGCAAAGCAGCUUCUGAACUUCAUAAGAACUAAUAUAAAAAUAACGCACGAUUUCCAUUUGUGAAUACCAUCAAAAUUAACACUUAAAAUGAGCGCUGAUUAAUCCCGCUCUGACAUAUACAAUAUGAGACUGAUUGCACAACUGUUCACAGCAAGUUUUAGACGUCUGCCCCGAUCUGCCACGAGAAGUGCUCGGAUGCAUCCAGUGCAACUCCAGCUCUCGGCCUGUUGUUAGGUUGACUGAAAGUUAGACUGAGACAGCAUUUCCAACAUGGCCGCUGCUGCCGGAGCCCCCUGCUGUGACAGAUGUUUGAGGUCACUCAGACCUCAUCCAUUAAUAUUUACAGUCUGUGAUCCAGUGGCAGGGAGAGGGCAAAGAGGGAGCUGAGGCCCCGCCCGAAUACUCCCCACAAAGAAAAGGGCAGACCUUCACUGAAUAUGAUUUUUAGUUUAUUUAGUUUGAAAUGUACAUUUACAUUUUUGAAAGAGCAACAUGCAUAUGAAGUGAGUAGAGUAUAUAUUCUGCGAUAAAAAUGUAGAUUUAAAACACAGGAGAGGUAAAAGCAGGGGAGGGUGUUGAGCCCUCUGGAGAUGUCGUGGGUCUAUCAAUGAAACAUCAAGGGUGGAGGGUGCCCACCUUGUGACCCCAAUGAAGUGAUUACCCCUACCCACCAUUCAAGACUUAAUUAAGUACAGAUUACUGUAAAAGGGAUUGUAACAUCAAGUCCUAUGAGCUCCUCUGAGUCCUUCUGUGUGGCUGCAAGCACCACACUGUUGUCUUUUUUUUAUUGUAAAACCAUCAUUUAGAAUCAGAGCAACUCUACUAUUGAGUUUGUUAUUUAGCCCCCCCCCCCCCCCCCCCCCCAUCCUCAACAUGAUCUUUUACAUCUUUUCAGCAAACAAAACCGAAUAGACUUCAUUUUGCUUGUUUUCAAGGACGAUUCAAAAAGAUUCCAGUUCAUUUUGAGGGAUAAUUAGAUAAAGGCUGCGUUGAAGGGAUCACGAGGUCUGAGUUCUGUCUUAAAUUCAGAACUCUGUUUUUCUUUGGAGGCUCAGUUCACUCGUUGCCACACAAUGUUUACUCUGCCAACUGAGCACCUCUGUGUUAACACGAUGUUUGUGAAACGACGGCUGCAGAUGUAUUUAUAUGCAAUUUUUCUACAUUUUAUAAACGAGAAAUAUGGAUAUUUUUGGGAUCUAUACAUGGACAUUUGUGUGUUUGUGUGUGUGUGUGUGUGUGUGUGUCUGCAUAUGAGACAGAGUAAGAGAAGGCUAAUGAUUAGCAUUGUUGACAUUCAACCUGUGCAGUGUGCCGAUGCGGAAAUACGAUGCAAACUGAACUCACCUGACAUGUUUUCCACAUGUGAUUUCACUGUCAAACUAAAGUUCCUGCAUGGUCUGUCUUUUGUACAUGAUGCUAUAUUGUUUAAUUUUUCAAUGCAAUAAAUAAAAAGGUUAUUAUUUAUGA